CGGUGUGUGUGUGGUUUUCAAUUUCAUCAAAAAUUCUGAAUUUCGUAUCAAAAUCUCCACAAAAAUCAAAUGCGUUGCGUCGGUUUUUAUUGGUCACGGCCAAGCGGAGCUUUCCGAAUCUCCUCCGGUGGUCACCUUUCGUCUGGAUUUCAUCGAUCUCCUUUAUCGUCUCUAUCUCCCCGUUCCUCUUGCGAUAAUGUAAACUUCGCCGUCUCUUGCUCCACAGCAUCUGGACCGUCCGAUUCGCAUCUCGAAUCAUCAUCAAAUCAAUCUUAUAGCCGUCGAUGGAAAAACCCCCCUCCUCGUCGUCGACAUGCCGAUCAAAUGCCUAGUUCUCGGACGAUUGUUCGUGAAUGGAUCGAUUCAGAUACUUCUCCAGUUUCCGAAGAUUCAGAGAGAUUCACUGUAGUGUCGUAUAACAUUUUGGGAGAUAGAAAUUCAUCAUAUCACAGAGAUUUGUACUCCAAUGUCUCUUUUCCUCACCUCAAAUGGGGCUACCGCAAAAGGUUGAUAUGUGAGGAGAUGAUUCGUCUUAAACCAGACAUAAUCUGUAUGCAGGAAGUAGACAAGUAUUUUGAUCUAUUCAGCAUGAUGGAGAAAGCUGGAUAUGCUGGCUCCUACAAGCGGCGAACUGGAGAUAACAUUGACGGGUGCGCAAUGUUUUGGAAGGCCGACAGGUUUCGUGUUUUGGAGAGGGAAAACAUUGAGUUUAGCCGGUUUGGGAUGCGUGAUAAUGUUGCACAACUUUCUGUUCUCGAGCUGCGGAAGUCUAAGUCAAGAAAGCUACUGGUGGGUAACAUUCACGUUCUUUAUAAUCCAAGUAGAGGAGAUGUGAAGCUGGGUCAGAUCCGUUCGCUCUGCUCAAAGGCUCACUUGCUCUCUAAGAAGUGGGGUGAUAUUCCCAUUGUUCUAGGCGGAGAUUUCAAUAGCACACCCCAGAGUCCAUUGUACAACUUCUUGGCGUCCGCUGAGCUGAAUAUUAUGAAACAUGACAAAAGAGAGUUGUCUGGCCAGAGAAAUUGUCAUUCAAACCAAGUUCUUGAGACAGGAAGAAAAUCUAGUAGUACAAUAACUUCGAUAAGCAGAUGCUUAAGUAGCUCUUGGACCAACGAAGAGAUCCGUGUCGCGACCGGGCAAGAGAACUCGUACUGGGCUGUGCAUCCCUUGAAACUCCGUAGCUCAUAUGCCUCAGUUAAGGGCUCAACAAAUACUAGGGACUCUGUUGGUGAACCUCUAGCAACCUCGUAUCACUCGAAAUUUCUGGGAACGGUUGAUUACCUCUGGUACUCUGAUGGUCUUGUACCUGCGAGAGUUCUUGAUACAAUUCCCACCGAUGUUCUCUGCAAAACCAGAGGCCUCCCUUGUCAAGAAUUGGGAAGCGAUCACUUGGCACUUGUUUCCGAAUUUUUCUUUGAACUGGACGGUUGAAGGGCUUAUAUUUUUGCUUAACCAUUAACUAAAUUUGUCUACAAUUAUAACCGAACCAAAAUUCUCGGUCCUACGGUAUCAUACCGACUUCGUCGAACGUACAUGUAAUUGAAAAUGAGAUAAUCAGAAUUAUAUCUUUCAGCUUUCCUAUUGCAU